AUGUUGGGAGUAUUUUUUCCCCAAUGGGAGCAGGUGACAGUUGGAUCCGCUGAUGGGAUUGUCGUAUUCAAGUCCUUCGACGUUGCGUUACAUCAAGGUUGUAUAUCAAACGUUGGGCUGGAUUACAACGAGGCACAUCGCCUUUGGCACAUACAGCUGGCCAUAGCGAACUCAAAAUCCCCAUCAUAUUUUUUUGGAGCCUUCAUGGGUGUUUUGUUAAUGGAAUCUGUACCUCUCUCCCUCGCCCCUGAGCUAUCUCAGACACUUCACACUAUGCGUACUAUCCACCAGCGAAUGGCGAAUGCUAUCCUGAUGAGAAAAUUGUGUGAUCCAAUCGUGGCAACGUCCAAUGUUGUUUUGAUCGAGAUGCAUAUGUUGUUAGACAAAUAUUUCAAUGUUUUGUAUCCAUUGAUGAACGCGAGGGUUAAGUUGCUUGUGGAUUGUUAG